CUUAAUUCAGGGUCAUUAAUUUUCUGACAAGUUGAAGGUAAAAAGGAGGAACCAGCUAAUUGGAAAAUAUAUUUCCGAAUAAAUACUCCGUUGCAGAGAGGAAAAGUAAUCACUCAGCUCUAAGAUUCCCUUUGAAGUUUUAAUCUUUGCAACAUUUUGGUGGUCUUGUGCUUCUGGUGGAUAGGUCAUAUCCGAACGAGUGAUUGAUUUUUCCAGCUUUUUAAACCUAGUCUAACUGUCAAGAUGCUACUAGCAGCGAUUCGUGAGAGAUUUUCGAAAAUGAGGGAAGUGAGAACUUCUAUGAUUGAUUUACAGUUUGAUACCAACACUUUAACAGAUCCUGAAAAGCGUUCCAAUAUUGUGAAAAAUGUUGAAGAUAUUCUACAGUCUCAUUUUGUAAAACGAAAGUGUGAAGCAGCAUUUGGUGAAUCCUAUGUUGUUAACUUCAGUAAUGAAGAUGGAAGUUUGACUUGUACUUUUAAAAGUUACCCGUUUGGUUUGGUUACUUUAACAUUUGAAGAUUGUUUAGAAGGAGAUGCUGCAUUUACUAAUCCUAAAUUGGAAGAAAUAAGAAAGGAACUACACAGACAUUUUAAAGUCAAAGUGGAAAAAAUUCCUAUAAUAAAACGAGGAUCUGCUGUUCCUUUGUACUUCACAACUGCUGAUGAACGUAUUUUGGAAUAUGAUUUUAACAAAGUUGUUUUUCAAGAUGAAUCUCCAUAUCAGAAUAUCAAAAUUCUUCACUCUCCUACUCUUGGAAAUUGUUUAAUUUUAGAUGAUUUGCAAAAUCUUGCUGAAAGCGAUAUCAACUAUACUCAUGGUGUAAUGAAGUAUGGUUCUAUUUCGUAUGCUGGGAAAGAAGUUUUGAUCCUUGGAGGUGGAGAUGGAGGUUUACUGCACGAGUUGCUAAAAGAGAACCCCAAAUUUGUAACCAUGGUCGAUAUAGACCAAAUGGUUAUAGAUGCUUGUAGAAUUCACCUCAGAGGAUGUUGUGGAGAUUCCUUAGAUAAAUUAGAAGGUCCUAAUUACAAGGUUAUCAUUGAUGAUUGUUUGAAAAAACUUGAUGAAUAUAAAGAAACUGGAAAGAAGUUUGAUGUAAUUAUCAAUGACUUAACUGACAUUCCUAUCGCCACAUCACCACAAGGAGAAAUGUGGGAUUUUGUAAAGAAAAUCAUAAAUAAAUCCCUGGUUGUUCUACGAGAUGAUGGCAGCUAUCUGAAUCAUGCACUUGGUGAAAGUUGUGUAGAAGCAUUGAAAACUUAUGAAGCAAUGCUCUCAACUUUGCCAGUAAAAGUGACGUUUCAGAGACACUCUGCUUAUGUGCCAUCUUUCAUGGAAAACUGGGUGUUUUAUGAAAUCAAAAAAGUUUGACAGAGUGCCUGCUGUGUUUCAAGAGCAUGCUGUUUGCACAAACUUUCCUCCCCUAUUAGUACAUAUUACAAAAUUUCAUUUUUAGGCAUUGUUUUAUAGCAGUGGUUUAAAUAUAGAGUUCAAUUAUUUUUAAGGACUAAUUACUUUUUUUACCAUAUUCUUUAUGAAGUAUUUACAACAGUGAAGUCCAAUAUGGAUACUUUUUCUACUCAUUUGAUAUCUUUAAUAUCGGAAUCAUCUUUUUUCUCCAGAAUCACUCUUGAUUGAAACAUUGAGUUAUUUAGUUUUGAAUUGUGUAAUUUAAGAUCUUCAAUAAGAGUUGUUAAAGAAAAAAAAAUACUCUGCAUAAUUUAGCUUUAUAUAGUUCUAUUAAUAAACCAUUGGAAAAAAAUUUGGUUAAGGAAAGUAUGUAGCAUAUUGUCCAUGUUUGUAAACUUUUAAGAUCGAUGUUUUUUCGGCAAAAUGUCAUUCUGUUUUUCUACUAUAAGAAUUUUUUCUCCAAAAAUUAACAGAAUCUAUAUAUUAUUCCAAAGCACAUGGAAAAAUUCAU